CCACUUCCGACUGGCAGGUUUGUGUUCGUGCAGCCGGCUGCUACUGAGCGGAAGCGCGGCCAGGACGGACCCGACGCUGGGUCAUGUACGGGCCAGUGUCUUCACCAUCACUUCGUGCCCGGACCGCAGGGCACACCAGGCACCGCAGAUCCGGAAACCUGGAGCGAAACGCACAAACUGCUGGAAGAACUCAGUACGUCAGACAGCCUCGGUGGAGAGAAAUGGACUGUAGACGUCUCGGGCCGAGACCCUUCAUGGUUAUACCCCUUCAUAGAUGGUAACUGACUUGUUGAGUUCCUCCAGUAUUCUGUGUAUGUUACUGUGGAGAAUGCACCAUCUAUUGGAAGUCCUUAGGCAGAUUCUUCUGUGGCAGCAACUCUGUUGCCAGCACUGUUUGAGGACCAGGCUGACAGAGCUAAUAAAGUGAAUAAAGCAGUGGCUUGUCUAACGCCACCUGCACCUCACGAGGCCUUCCACAUCAGCCACAGCGGAUGACGAACCUCGACCUUCCACAUCGAGGCAAGCAGACAUAGAAGAUGACCUGCCUGCCCUGAUGGAAACAGACGAUGAUGAGGUGGCACCCCAGUCUCCUCUACCUCCCACCACCCCAACUUCCGACAACUCAGCCUAACACACCAUCAUCAGGGUGCUCGCUGUCUUCCCGAUUCCAGAGAUGAAGGGGAACGAUGCCAGAGAGAACCAGUCAUAGGAUUUGACCCAGUGGGUGACUGUGAUUCGAAGGAGCAAGGUGAUGCAGUCGACUGAGGAUCGCAGGAGAAGUCCUUGAAGGUUAGCUGAGGAAUAUAAGCAGUAAUUCCCUGCAUCCAUGACACAGAGGCAAAGCAACUAUUGGCUUACAACACUGACUGCAUUCUAAAACAACGCAAUGUUUCUGCAGAUGUUUACCUUGUUACAGGAGGAAAUGGAUUUCUUGGAAAAGUCAUCAUUGAACUUCUGAUCGAAAAGGCUCAUGAUAUCUCUGAGAUCAGAUUGUUUGAUAAAGUGAUACAUGAAGACAAUGUGGAACGUUUGCAAGCAGGAGAAGUCCUUGAAGGUUAGCUGAGGAAUAUAAGCAGUAGUUCCCUACAUCCAUGACACAGAGGCAAAGCAACUAAAGUUCAACAGUUGGCUUACAACACUGACUGCAUUCUAAAACAACGCAAUGUCUGUUUCUGGAGAUGUUUACCUUGUUACAGGAGGAAAUGGAUUUCUUGGAAAAGUCAUCAUUGAACUUCUGAUUGAAAAGGCUCAUGAUAUCUCUGAGAUCAGAUUGUUUGAUAAAGUGAUACAUGAAGACAAUGUAGAACGUUUGCAAGCAUUGGUUGGAAGCAGGAUUAAGCUAACGGUGUUCAAAGAAGAUCUGAGAAAUACAAAGGCCCUGCAGAAAAUCUGCCAAGGUGUGACCUGUGUUCUUCACACUGCGUCCUUGAUUGAUGUCUGGGGAAACAUCAGCAAAGAAGAAUUAGAAGCUGUCAAUGUUGAAGGAAGCUGCCAUUUAUUAGAAGCCUGCAUUCAGCAGAAUGUGAAGAGCUUCAUCUACACCAGCAGUAUAGAAGUGGUGGGGCCCAAUGAAAGAGGUGAUCCUAUCUGUAAUGGUGAUGAAGACACAAACUACAAUAGCAGUCUGAAAUUUCUGUACAGCAAAGCAAAAUACAGAGCAGAGCAAAUAAUUUUAAAAGCAAAUGGAUCCCGUCUUCCGAAUGGUGAGUGGAUAGUUACAUCUGCUCUAAGACCCAUGUACAUCUAUGGAGAAAACAGUCGGUUCAUUCUGCAAGAUUUGGAUGAAGGAAUCGCCAAUGGAAUGGUUUUGCUAAGAAAAUCCAGUAAGGAAGCUCUUGUGAAUCCAGUGUAUGUAGGCAAUGUGGCUUGGGCUCAUAUUUUAUUGGCCAGAGCCAUGAAAGAAGAAGACAAGAGGAAAAUUAUUGGUGGCAAGUUUUAUUACAUCACAGAUGACACCCCACACACGAGUUACUCAGAUUUUAACUAUGAGUUGAUGAGCUUUUUGGGGUUUACAAUUCCAUCAAAUUUUCGCAUUCCUCUGCUGCUCACGUACUAUGUUGCCUACAUAGCAGAGAUGCUGACGUUUUUGUUUAGGCCUUUCAUUAGAUAUGUUCCCAAAGAAAGUCGACAGCUCAUUACAAUGCUUAACACAAAAUUCACCUUUAUCAGCCACAAAGCACGGAAUGAUUUUGACUACACCCCACUUUACAGUUGGGAAGUAGCUAAAGAAAGGACCACUGCCUGGUUGGCUUCAGUAGUACAGGAGCGAAGAGAUUUUUUAAAUAAAAAGUAACACUUACAGGAGGUACAAAGCAUCCAAGUCUAAAUGUUAGGGGUUAGAAGUUUGAAGUUCUGAGUGGUUAUUCAGGUUAACGUCUUGAUAAAUAAAUUUUUGUCUUGUGUAUAACA